AUAAACCGCCAAACUAUUAAAAGAAUUAGAAUCUAUAAAUGCUCAUUAGUGGCUGACCCCUCCAUUUUUUUUGCCUUUUUGGUCAUAAUUCACUUUUUUUUUUUGAAGUGAGAGUAUAGAAGGAUUUGUAAGUACCUUUUUGAAAGCUAAGCUUGUGUCGGUUACCUAUGGAGAGCCCGAUUCCGACGGAUUUGAGUUCAUCGGAAGUUUUGGGAGACUGUGAAGUGGCGGCGGCGGCGGCGGUGGUUAGGGAAUUGAUGGAAGUGAUAGAGACCGUUGGAUCUUACGCUGGAUUUAGGAAGACUCAAAGGAAGGAUUGCUUGAAUUUAGUGAGGAGAUUGAAGCUUUUGGUUCCAUUGUUGGAGGAGAUUAAAGAUCAGGUCGGUAACCCAUUGGGUGUUUCGGGUAUGGAUUCUCUGGUUAGUUUGAAGAAAGCAUUGCUUGGAGCAAAGAAAUUGUUGAAGAAUUGUAACCAUGGAAGCAAGAUAUAUUUGGCAAUGGAAAGUGAAGCAGUGCUGUCUAGAUUUCAUGGUGUUUAUGAUAAAUUAAACCAAGCGCUUGAUGGGAUGCCUUAUGAUGAACUUGGAGUUUCAGUUGAAGUGAAAGAGCAAGUUGAGCUAAUGAGAAUGCAACUUAAAAGGGCAAAGAGGCGAACCGAUACACAAGAUAUGGAAUUAGCAAUGGAUAUGAUGGUCGUUUUCUCGAAAACUGAUGAUCGAAAUGCAGACAUUGCUAUACUCGAAAGACUAGCAAACAAGCUCGAGUUGCAUACAAUUGCGGAUUUGAGAGCCGAAACUGCAGCUAUCCGAAAACUUGUGAAACAUAGAGGUGGACACAAUGAAACCGUACAGCAAAUCUUAGACCUUUUGGGAAAGUUCAAACUAAUCGUGGGGAUCGAUGAGACCGUUUCGCUCGAUGGUCCGAUUUCGACGAGAACUCUUCGGAGGUGUCAAUCUUCAUUGAUACCUAAUGAAUUUCUUUGCCCCAUUACAUUGGAGAUUAUGACAGAUCCUGUUAUUGUGGCAACUGGACAGACCUACGAAAGAGAAAGUAUUACAAAGUGGCUAAACUCGAACCAUCGAACCUGUCCAAAGACUGGACAGACCUUGGAUCACUUGUCUCUAGCACCAAAUUUCGCACUCCGUAACCUUAUUCUCCAAUGGUGUGAGAAGAACAACUUUGAGCUGCCAAAGAAGGAUACCUACCCGUCUUCCGAUACCUAUUCAGCCGACCUCAUGGAACAAAUCUCCUUGUUGGUUAAAGAUCUAUCUUCAAGCCACCCAAACGUGAGACGAGACGCGGUCAUGAAAGUCCGAAUGCUAUCGAAAGAAAACCCGGAGAACCGAAUUUCCAUCGCCAACACAGGAGGAAUCCCGGGUUUAGUUCAGCUAUUGUACUAUCCAGACUCCAAGAUCCAAGAACACGCAGUCACUGCACUAUUGAACUUAUCAAUUGAUGAAACAAACAAAAGGCUCAUUGCUAGAGAAGGUGCCAUUAAAGCCAUCAUCGAGAUCCUUCAAAACGGCACCGAUGAAGCUCGAGAAAACUCCGCAGCGGCUUUAUUCAGCUUAUCGAUGCUUAACGAAAACAAAAUUCAUGUGGGAAACUUCAAUGGGAUCCCACCAUUAGUAAGCCUUCUUCAAAAUGGUACCAUCAGAGGCAAAAAAGAUGCUGCCACUGCACUCUUUAACUUGUCUUUAAACCAAGCCAACAAGUCCAAAGCCAUUAAAGCCGGCAUUAUCCCACCAUUGCUUCGUUUGCUCGACGAUAAGAACUUGGACAUGGUCGAUGAGGCGCUCUCAAUCUUGUUGCUUCUCGUGUCACAUCCUGAAGGACGGAAUGAGAUCGGACGGUUGUCGUUUGUUGAGACAUUGGUGGGAAUUAUUAGGAGCGGGACACCGAAGAACAAAGAAUGUGCCGUUUCAGUACUCUUGGAACUCGGGUUGAAUAAUUCGUCGCUUACAUUGGCUGCACUUCAGUUCGGUGUUUAUGAACCGUUGAGAGAGAUCGCCAUUAAUGGGACAAAUCGAGCUCAAAGGAAAGCUAAUUCAUUGUUGCACCAUAUGAGUAAGUGUGAACAUAUUCCUUGAAACUUUCUUCAAAUGGUUCCUAAAUUGUCUCUGCAAACUGUAAGUUUAUGCCCAAGUAAAUGUUAUUCCCUGUGUAAAACAAGCUCUAUUGCAGUAUUUUUUUAACCGGUCACUUUGCUAGUCA